AUGCUGUUCUCUUUUUUUUCGUCUCAGUUUUUUAUCAUAAGUCAAUUUAAAUACUGGUCUUCUCUAGAAUUCCUCUCAAUUACCGCCAUAAACUGCUUUUUUUUUAUUUUUUUUAAAACAACUGUUAAAAACGAAGUAAACCAUUCAGAUUCGUAUUGGAGCGAAUGGGGAGGUUGGAGUGUUUGCUCUGUAUCUUGCGGUGGUUGCGGUAUCCGAAUGCGUGUUCGGGCUUGUUACGGAAUCAGUCAGCAGUGCAGUGGUCCGAACAUCGAACGACAGAAGUGCGGAUUUGAACGAUGCCCUCUUGUACCACAUAUAGUUGAAUGUCGUGGGCGUAUAGUACUACCGUGCGAUCUGAUGAAUCAGCUAAAGUUCAGUUUUCUGGAUGGAAGCAGCAUUAAAUACAUGUCAUCAAUCAGAGGUCUAACUUUUCCUUUUGCCAAAUGA